GGCCGGCGGCCGCCAUGUCAAUCACUCGUAUGUCCACUAAAUUGUCUUCUCAUUUGUACUAUUUGCUGUGAAGUGCCUGUGAGUUAUUAGUGCAUAAAUCUAGGCUGAACUUAAUUAACAACAUUUGUAUAAUAGGAACAGCUGAUUGAGCCAUCAUGUUUAUGGAUGGUAAUGUUGUACACCCGCACGCUGGUGUGGUGCAUGGGGUGCCAGGUGGAGUUGUCCAUGGCAUGCCGGUGCACAGUGCAGGCCCUGAUGGAGAACAUGCUCCACAUGGGCCCAGACGCCGUUACCAAAAUAGACCAAAACCACCCAACAACUUAGAGCGUUUGCCACUUGACGAAGCUGCUAAGAGAGAAAUGGAGUCCCUGCCAAUGAAAACUCCUGUAUCAGUGCUCCAAGAACUACUUGCACGACGUGGAACUGUACCCAAGUAUGAGUUGGUACAAAUUGAGGGAAUGAUCCAUGAGCCUACCUUCCGCUAUCGUGUUACUGUAGCGGAUCUUGUUGCAAUGGGAACUGGACGUUCGAAAAAAGAAGCCAAACAUUCAGCUGCAAAGGCUUUGUUAGACAAGUUGACUGGAGCAGCACCUUCUGAUCAAAAUACAAAUGGGAAUGUUCCCGAAACAGGUGCAGUGGUAUCAUCUUUUGAAGACAAGCUGAUGGGCAACCCUGUUGGCUGGCUACAAGAGCUUUGUAUGUCACGCUUCUGGCCACCACCAUCUUACCAUGCCGAAAAUGAUGACAAUGUCAAUAGAAGACUACCGCAUGAACGUCAGUUUACGAUUAUAUGCACUCUUCUGAAGAGGCGUGAGGUCGGAACAGGCAAGUCAAAGAAACUUGCCAAGCGUCAAGCUGCUUACAAGAUGUGGCAAGCUCUUCAAGAUAACCCACCAGAUUCCUUCCAACCGGAAGAAGAGGGCGGAGUAGCGGCCCGUUAUGCCGACUUGAAAGAUAGUAAAAUCUCCACUUUGACUACCAGUCACAGCCACAAGGUGUCGCAGUUUCACAAACAUCUCAAACAGUCUGUCGGCCCUAACCUGGCCAAGUUGCAGGUCACUCCAUUGAACAAUAAGGACUUCAAUUUUGUGCAGUUCUUGCAAGAGAUUGCUUCUGAGCAGUCGUUCGAAGUGACUUAUGUGGAUAUUGAGGAGAAGUCGAUGACUGGUCGCAGCCAAUGUUUGGUGCAGCUUUCUACGUUGCCAGUGGCAGUUUGCUACGGUGCCGGCCUCACUAGCAAGGACGCUCAGGCUUCGGCCGCACACAACGCCCUGGAAUACCUCAAGAUCAUGACUAAGAAUGUCGUCGUCGGUGCUUCGCCGUUUGCGCCAGGCAAUGACGAGGAUCCUGCACGCACCGAGUUUCUUUUAAAUUGAAUGGUGUGAGUUCAACCUGCC